CGCCCCCUUUCUCUCACCGCCUCCACUUGCUCAAACUUUCCACAGCACCUUUCUUUUUCCACACCUUGUGGCCAUACUUCUUUAGAGAAAAAACACACGCACAAACACACCCAUUACACACACUUGCAGCAGCACUUGAGGGAGGAGAGGUCUCUCUGCAUUCCCCAUUAAUUAUUACCCUCAUAAGCAGUAGUGGAAGAGAAUUCAUUAAAGCUGGCGAUCGAUAAUCAAGAACCCACUGUCCGUGAAAUCAAGCCCAAGAACAGGCGAAUUAUGGGAGCUGGAGGCCCUGAUGAGGAGGAGGAGAACAGAUGGCCGCCAUGGCUGAAACCGCUGCUCAAGGAACAGUUCUUUGUUCAAUGCAAAUUUCACGCUGAUUCGCACAAGAGUGAAUGCAAUAUGUACUGUUUCGAUUGUAUGAAUGGCCCUCUCUGCUCACUCUGCUUGGCUUAUCACAAGGACCAUCGCGCAAUUCAGAUACGGAGGUCAUCGUACCACGAUGUCAUCAGAGUUUCUGAAAUUCAAAAGUAUUUGGAUAUCAGCUCCGUCCAAACCUACAUAAUCAACAGCGCGAAGGUCGUGUUCUUGAACGAGAGGCCACAGCCCAGACCCGGAAAGGGCGUAACCAACACCUGUGAGGUCUGCGAUCGCAGCCUCCUCGAUUCCUUCAGAUUCUGCUCCCUUGGUUGCAAGAUUGUCGGGACGUCCAAGAAUUUCCAGAAGAAGAACAAGAAGCAGUCUUCGCCGGAGAAGAAAAGGGCUGCGGCGGCGGCGGAAUCAGAGGACUCGUACAGCAGCAGCAGCAGCAGCAGCCAUGGGCGUAACAACAACAAGAUUCUAAGCUUUACUCCGUCAACGCCUCCGCCAACCGCUGUUAAUUACCGAACUGCCAAGCGAAGAAAGGGAAUUCCCCAUAGAGCCCCCUUCGGAGUACUUACCAUAGAAAUAUAGGAAGAAGAUUAAAACAAAAAUGCUGCAAAUUACCCUCUUCAUCUCUGCAGGGGUAAAUUGCUCAAAACACCCAAAAAAUAUUAAAAAAAAAUAAAUAGGAAAAGCAAUGUAUAUAGAAGCAGACUGUACUGUAGUAAAGAAUGUGAAAGGGAAGAUAGAAUUGGAGAAUAAGACAAUGCAGAAAAGUGAAGUUGUAUGAAAGCAUAGUAGUAAUAGCAGCAGUACUUCACUAAUAGUUCUAAAAGAGAGUGUGUUUUCGUGUGUGUUUUUUAUAGGAAUGUACAGAAAUUGUAUGUAUGUAUGUAAUGUAUGUAGAUGGUAUUUGGUGCAAAUGGGAUGGUGUUGAUGCACUGUUUUAGGAAUAUCAUGAAUGGUGACAGUUAUUUGGUGACUU